AUGGGGAGAGCUCCUUGCUGUGACAAGGCAAAUGUGAAGAAAGGGCCUUGGUCUCCUGAAGAGGAUUCAAAGCUCAAGGAGUUCAUUGAGAAAUAUGGCACCGGAGGAAACUGGAUUGCUCUUCCUCAGAAAGCUGGUCUAAAAAGAUGCGGGAAGAGCUGCAGGCUGAGGUGGCUGAACUAUCUGAGGCCCAACAUCAAACAUGGAGACUUUUCUGAGGAAGAAGACAGGAUAAUAUGCACCUUGUUCGCCACCAUUGGAAGCAGGUGGUCCAUCAUAGCAGGUCAAUUACCAGGCCGAACUGACAAUGAUAUCAAGAACUACUGGAACACCAAGCUCAAGAAGAAGCUCAUGGCCAAUAUGCACCCUGAACAAAACCAUCUCACUAGAAAACCCCAACCACAUCUUCAAGCUCUCUACUCUCAACUUCCAUCACCACCACCACCACCACCACCACAACCAACAACAACAACUCUCUACACAGAUUUCACUUCAUGCUACAACAAUCCAAACAAGCCCCUCACUGCCCUUGAACAACCAUUUCUCCCACCCAAUCUCAUGAACAACAGCUUUAGCUACAACCCUUCUAAUUUGGCAGCUAAUUUUAAUUCUUCUCUUAUCAAUCAAGCACAAGAGGGUUUGGCGAAUUCUAUGCAGUACUACCCAGGUGUGAAAGACAGCAGUUUCAUCAUGUUUGGGGGUGACCAACCAAGCUGUUCGUCUUCUGAUGGAAGUUGCAGCCAGAUGAGCAAUCAUGGCAGAGAGAUGAAGCAAGAAGACACUAGUGCUCUUCAGGGUUUGAUCGCAAAUGGGUUUGAAGCAAACCAAAGCACAAGUCAUUUGGAGUAUGAGAUUGAGGAAAUUAAGCAGCUUAUUAGCUCAGGCACAGGUGUUAAUGAUGGUGGUUUUAGCAGCAGCAGCUUUCCCUUGAGUGAUGAAAGCAAGGAACAACAAGCAAAGAGGUCGAUGGCC